AUGUCGGAUCACGUCGAGGAUUAUGAGGAAGACAACUCCUAUGCAGGAGAGACCAACUCAAGCUUGAAAGAUCAAGUUCCUGUCCAAGGAGACAAUGAGGAAAUUGAAGACCCCAUUGAUUCUUCAUACUCCAACUCUGAUCAGCAGCUCGCGGCGGACGAGAAUGAGGCGGUAGACAAGUCCAACAUUUUGAAGGGAGAUCGCCUUCGCCAUGCCAAACCUCAGACUUCGAACAAGUAUAACGAAGGACCAGACGAGGAUGAUUUGCCAGCCGGAGCUUAUUGA